AUGCAAAUCCCGCCACUCGAUAAAACAAGGCCAUGGUCACCAAGCGAAACUCACUGUCUAAACGUAACAACACCCAUCUUGGGAACAGAAUAUACACCCAAUGACAGAGUCCUAAUCAAAUGGCAUCUAUUUUCAAAAUGCGUCAAUUUAACAAACCUAGUUCGCAAUUUUACUCUAUCCCUUCACAAUGAUCCAGAAGUGUCUGGUUUUGUAAAGCCGAGUUAUAAAUCAUUAUAUGACGAGUUGAUAGCAUCAAAUGUGAAUUCGCUUCAGUAUCUUUGGACUGUUCCAUUUAUUCGGUCCGAUAAAGUCCAGAAUAUGAGUUUAUUUUAUAUCCAUGUUGUAACGUCAUCGUUCGUAGAAUAUGAAAAUCAUGCAAUUAAGCCGUUUGGUGUCACUGGUCCAUUUGGUAUCGAAGAAGUUGCGGCGAAAUUUCCCAAAACUUGGUAUAUGCCUCAAAAUACCCACACCAUUACGGAGUAUCAAACAAGCUCUACAACCCCAACUAGCGCAGAAACUGAAUCCGAACCUUCAGCAAAAACUUUAAUAAAGCAA